UUCGUCCACAACGCUUGGCAGGUACAAAUUACCAAACCAACGAACACAACUAACUUCGACAAAAUGGAACAACCCAAAAUCCUCAAAUCCGAUUAACCAUAUCGACGGUGUAUGGUUCGUGAUUAAGAAACAUCUAUCCUUCCGUACUCGGUACUAUUGAUCUGUCUUGUCGGAGUGGAAUCGAGUUGGCUUCAUGAUGCGUGUGCUAGUGGCACGUGAGGAUACCGAUAUGCGAUGUGUGCGAUACACGAUGUGUGAUGCGCAAUAUGCAAUAUGCAAUAUGCAAGAUGAACUUCCCCCAUUCCGAAAGUAACCACGGGAAACGGAUUCUUUUACGAAACGUGGUUCUGCUUUCAAUAUUAAGUACCUUCUGCACAUUCCAAGUGGCGGACACUUGCUUAAUGUUCCAGUGGUUAAAAGCCUCAGUUCGGACCUUCUAGUGAUAGAUAAUGGCUAUUAUAUCCUAGUGGAUCCAUCAAUAUGGGUCUUGAAGACUUGAAGACUGUGUUUAGCGCACCACGAAGGCCCCUGCUGGUGGAUUUUAUACUUUUUUUUUCUGUUGAUUGAUGAUAUGAAUGAAAGUGGGCAAAUUAUUCCGAAUUACAGAGUUCGUUCAAUGUUUUACUUAGCUUUCUGCUAGGUGUCUGGUGCGUACAGUCAAGGGAUGAUUUUUCAAUCCGUAAUGUGGUUAAUAUAAAAUUACAGGAAAAAUGGAAAGCCACCCAUGGAUUCGCGUAUAGUUUUUACCAAGCGCUUACUGCCUGCAAACGAAAUCCGAAAUUUUCCGACGGGGUUCAGGGGCCAGCGCAACACAAAUAAAACAAAAUUCAUGUUAUACAAAGAUGGGUUUACGGGGUCGAUUCAUGAUACAUCAACAUUCCAACAGGAUCCGUUUGUCAAAUCCAAACCUCUUUCGUGCUAUCAUUCCCUAUAAAAAGUGGGAUUUUGAGCUUCUAAAAUGAUUCGUGGCAUUUUGAUGCAUUUAUGGCUCACGAUAGCUGAGAAGUCGGACGCGGAGUCUCGGGGCAAGAUUUUCCUGUGUGACCAUGCGACAAGGGUGAAAAAUCAACGACCAUCAAGAACAUUGACAACAUAGCCAACACUCAGGCAAAACGAAUGUGAGAAUGUCAUCGGGUAGUCAGAUAGCCAUGAUAGCCAUGGUGGAAAUUGACAAGACCUGAUUCCAGUGAAUCGAGUGUGGAUUUUCUUCUUAACAGUAUGAUUGACUCUUCUUCCUUGUUGAGCGUGUGUAACAACUCGGAAGAUUCUUAGGUGAGAUUAUGUAUUCAACGGUUUGAUCAAUGAAUCAAUGCAAACGUCUACCCGACGAUAAAAUCAAGUGAAAAGGGUACCUUUCCGUAACUAAUUCACUCGGAGGAUAGUUCUUUUUACCCCCACCAUCCCGGUAUUUUCUCUUGAAGACAUCUCAAUGUUGGGAAUCCACUCCUUUCUUUUUUAUACCUGUUACUUCAUAGCGCGAUAUUGAUAUCGGAUGAGAUAUAAACUAUCAGCCUUGCAUUUCAGUCAUGGUAAUCUUUCACCACUUCUGAUAGGAUAAAAUCUUAAAUCGAGCGGGCUGACCCACAUAUAGCCACGAAAUUUCACAGAUUAGUGACGGCACAGUCCAUAUCCAUAUACUAAACUCAGGAACUUCCUGGAUAUUCAGGAAAGAAGAAAUUUGACACCGACUAUUAAACCGAGCUAAGAUCAAAGAAGUGUCCUUAGCUCAAUUUUUCUUGAUUCUCCUUCCGCCCUUCCCAUUCUUUCCCACUCUCACACCAAGUCACAAAACUUCUUUUGCUUGUCAACACUCGAAGUCUUCAUCUCCACUCACAUAUACCUAUCUCCAAAAACCUCAUUUUUGAGUCUACUUCACACACAUCAAUACAAUGGCCGCUCGUGUUGCUCCUAAGAUGGCUUCCCUCAUGGGAUCUGCCUCCGCAAAGGUUGCCCGCCCAAUGGUUCGCUCCAACCUUGGUGCUCAACGUACCUUCACUGGUAAGCUUAAAGCUCUUUGAUAUCUUCCUAUCAUCAAUUUAGCUUGCAUGAAGCCUCAACAACUAUCAAUAUAGCUUCAGUUGUAUUACGAUCCAAUACAUCUAUCAUCGUCAG